AGCGGCAGCGCGGCCCGCGGCGAGGAGCAGCGCCCACCGAGCGGGCCGCGCACCGGGCUCGGCGCGGCGGCGCGCGCGGGCCGCCGGGAAGUUGGAGAGCGACAGCGGGAGCGCGCGUGCGCACACGCGGGCCGGGCUGCCUGUCUAAACCGCGGUCGCCGGCGCUCGCGACUCGGCUAGCUCCUCAGGAAGGAGCGGCCAGUGGGCCGGCGUCCUGUCGGCGGGGUGCGAGGCUGACUGGCCGCGGCCGCUUCCUUCUGGUGCCUGGGCCGCGGCGCGGCGGGCUGACCGGCGCCUGGAGCCGAGACCCCGGGACGCGGGCGGAGGCGCACGCCGGUGGGCUCCCGGCGCCGGGCGGAGGCCGAGGGGACCAUGGCCGGGGGGAACUUCCGCCUCUCCACCACCGAGCGCGUCAUCCAAGCUGUCCCUUUCCCUCCAACCCAAAGGCUUACUUUGAAGGAAGUCUUUGUAAAUGGGAAACCUAAUAUUGAUGUCUUGAAGAACCAUUUGGUGAAGGAAGGGCGAGUGGAAGAGGAAGUAGCGUUAAAGAUAAUCAAUGAUGGGGCUGCUAUCCUGAGACAAGAGAAGACUAUGAUAGAAGUAGAAGCUCCAAUCACGGUGUGUGGUGACAUUCAUGGACAAUUCUUUGACCUGAUGAAGUUGUUUGAAGUUGGAGGAUCACCUAAUAACACACGCUACCUCUUUCUGGGUGACUAUGUGGACAGAGGCUAUUUCAGUAUAGAGUGUGUACUGUUUUUAUGGAGUUUAAAGAUUAAUCAUCCCAAAACACUGUUUCUGCUUCGGGGAAAUCAUGAAUGCAGGCAUCUUACCGAAUAUUUCACCUUCAAACAGGAAUGUCAAAUCAAAUAUUCUGAACAGGUGUAUGAUGCGUGUAUGGAUACAUUUGACUGUCUCCCUCUCGCGGCCCUCUUAAAUCAGCAGUUUCUGUGUGUACAUGGAGGGAUGUCACCUGAAAUUACUUGUUUAGAUGACAUUAGUAAAUUAGACAGGUUCAAAGAACCUCCAGCCUUUGGGCCAGUGUGUGACCUGCUUUGGUCUGAUCCCUUAGAGGACUACGGCAGCGAAAGGACCUUGGAGCACUACUCCCACAACACUGUCCGGGGGUGCUCUUAUUUUUACAGUUACCCUGCAGUUUGUGACUUUUUGCGGAAUAAUAAUUUGUUAUCAAUAAUCAGAGCCCAUGAAGCCCAAGAUGCUGGGUAUCGAAUGUACAGGAAGAGCCAGACAACAGGCUUUCCAUCACUCAUUACGAUUUUCUCUGCCCCCAAUUACCUAGAUGUCUAUAACAAUAAAGCUGCUGUGUUAAAAUAUGAAAACAAUGUCAUGAAUAUCAGGCAGUUUAACUGUUCUCCACACCCCUACUGGCUUCCAAACUUUAUGGAUGUUUUCACAUGGUCUUUGCCUUUUGUUGGGGAAAAAGUCACAGAGAUGCUGGUUAACAUUCUCAACAUAUGCUCUGAUGAUGAGUUGAGUUCCGACGAUGAAAUUGAAGAUCACUACAUUUCAAGCUAUCAGAAAGGACUCACUGCAGUUCGAAAGGAGAUCAUCAAGAAUAAAAUCAGAGCCAUUGGGAAGAUGGCCCGGGUCUUUUCAGUUCUUCGGGAAGAAAGUGAGAGUGUGCUGACUCUCAAGGGCCUGACUCCUACAGGGACACUCCCUCUGGGUGUCCUCUCAGGGGGAAAGCAGACUAUUGAGACAGCCACAGUAGAAGCGGUAGAGGCCCAGGAAGCCAUCAGAGGGUUUUCGCGUCAGCACAGGAUCCGGAGUUUUGAUGAAGCCCGAGGUCUGGACCUAAUUAAUGAGCGGAUGCCACCCCGAAAAGAUAGCCAAGGGAAGUUGACAACCCCCGUACAAUCUAAUACUUCGCACAGGAGCGAGAAGGGGAAAAAGGCCAGCCAUGACUCAGAGCCCUGCAGUGGCACAGGUGGACCCAAAACUUAAGAGCAAAUUGUAUUUAUUUAUUUAUUAUUGGAAAACAAAACAAAGCAACUUAAACCUGGAGGUGCAUUCAUAACAUACACUCUGCAUUUAUUCUGGAAGAAAGGCGACCAUUUUAUAAAUUCUUCUAAUUUAUGUCUAACAUAAAUAUAAGCAGUGCAUCUGUUUUGUUUUCCCUUUUCUUCUUAAUUUUUAGGAACUGAUCUGAUUGACUGAUACAUAUGUGAGGUUUUGUGCUAUAAGAGGCACCUUCUCCUAAUAAAAGGGCCUUGGAAACCUCCACCCUGGGUUUCUGACUUGAA